AUGGAGAGGAAAUUUGCCAAGUUCUUCCAUUCUCAGGUAAAAGAACUGAUCAAUGAAGAAGAUGAAAGAGAGACUCUAUUUGAAUCUCUUCGCAAAUAUCAAUCCCAAUUGGAUUUGGAGAGUUUAUUGUCUGAUUUAAGAAAAUUGUUCAAUGAUCCAACCAAACUAGAACUUUAUGAACAUAUCAGACCUUUGAUUCUAUUAAAACAUCAGAUAGAAUAUAGUCGUAAGACACCUAAUAUGCCUGGUGUUAAACUACGAAUAAUCCGCUUACACAGGGGACAUGGUGAAAGCUUGGGAUUUGCCGUCAGGGGAGGUUUUGAACAUGGUGUUGGAGUAUUUGUAUCUGAUGUUAAACCUGGUUCACAAGCUGAUAAAAAAGGCUUGAAGGUUGGAGAUGAGAUAGUGAGAGUGAAUGGAUUUACUAUAUCAGAAGCUAUACAUGAAGAUGUAUUAAACCUGAUCAAAUCAAGAGAUAUAAUAAUGUUAAAAGUCACCCAUAUUGGAAUGUUACCUAAUAAAGAAGAUCCUAAUGAUAAUGUUUCUUGGUCAUAUGUUGAGAAAAUGGAUUCUUCGAAGGCCCUGCAAGAAGUAUUAGACGGGGCUGGUGGUAACAGGAACCGUUUCCAUGGUAAUGAAUUAAAGAUAUUUAUUAAUACUGCAGGAGCUAGUAGUAUUGGUUGUGGAAUAUUAAGUGGACCAAAUCAUUUCCCUGGAAUAUUUAUUGAAAAAGUCAAGCCAGAAAGUUUGGCUGAGGAAGCAGGGUUAGAGGUUGGAGAUCAAAUUGUAGAGGUCAAUGGUACAACAUUUCAGCACAUUUCUCAUAAAGAGGCUGUUGUAACAUUAAAGGGAAGUAGACAAUUAGAUAUGGUCAUAAGAAAAAAAGUGGGAACAUUACUGUUUGAGAAUAGAAAUCAAGAACCAUUAAAGAUUUUAGGUGGUGGUGGAAGGUCAACAAACUCUAGUCAUAGUGAAGUAGAGGUACAUGCUAGAAAUACUUCUAGUAGAAAGUAUGUAGUAGAAGAUUCUACACCUACCUUUAAUGAAGAGGAUCUAAUACAGCAACAUUUAGAUUCAAGGAAAAGUUUGUCAAAUGCAGACAGUAACUCUACUAACUAUAGAGAAGAUUUCUUACUGGAUAAUCAGAGUGAACAGUCAGCUGAUUUAUAUACAGCAGUUAUCCCCCGUGAUAAACGAAGACAGGAUAACUCUUUACGUGAAGAAUUAGAGUCAUUGAAACAAAAGAAAGAAGUGUUAGGUGGAAAAGGAGCCAUCCUAGCUGCACGACAUUCAUCAAAGAAUAAACCUACUCUAUUAGGUGCACCACACCCAAAUCAGAAUACUGUAUGGACUGAUAUAAAUGAUAUCUCUCAGAUCAAAUCUAUGUUUAGAGAAGCAGAUAUAAAGGGAAAAGAUUUAGAAUUAGUUAAGCUUUUAAAGAACAAACCUCUAGGUGUAGAAAUAGAAGGUGGAAUAGGUACACCAUUAGCUGAUAGAAUACAAGUAGCAGAGAUCUAUGCUGAAGGCUGUGUAUUUGAUAAUGGUGAAAUUCAAGUAGGAGAUCAGUUAUUAAUGGUGGAUGGUAAAAGUUUAAUAGAUCUAUCAGCUGAUCAGGCCAGAAAUAUCUUAUCUGAUGUUGAUAGGAGACCACAGGAAACAGUGAAGAUAGUUAUAGCUAAAGGUUUUAUGAUCAAUGAUGAAGAUGCAGUGACUUUCUUCUAA